ACGCGUUUUUCCGGCUAUAAAAGCCGAAUUUGUGGUGUUUCGCCAACCUUCUUUUACCCAACAAUUGGUCGUAUCGCCUCCUGAUCGAUAUUGAAUUAUCUCGAUUGAUUUUCCCUGAAUCCGUUGUCGAUCCAUUGAGUUAUUUUGUUCGGAUCCAUCUUGGUCGCCGAUCGGUUCGUUUCUUGUCUAUCAUACUCUAAUUUCAAUUUCAAAUCGGAUCCUUUCUCAAUUUUGUUAUCACAUAAUUAAAUUUUGUUCGAUUCCAUUUCUCGGAUUGGAAAUUUAGGGUUGGACUCAUGGUUUUAGAUUCUGGUCUGUGGGAACCCCACAUAUGACGUACGCUAUCCUCAUUCGUCGGAUUCGCAUUCUCCACUCCUUCUCCGUUGUGUUUCUUUACUGGUUCUACGUCUUUUCAUGAAUUAACCUUGUCGAUUGAUCAUUGUUUUUGGUUUCAAGUCCUCAAUUUUUUUCACCUGUUUCUCAAAUUUGUAAUUCAAAACCCUAAUUAUUGACGUCCCUUGUAAACACACCAACUCAAAUCUACAUUAUUCACUUAUAAAUCAAGGUUGGAUUGGAUAGUUUUCUGGGAAAAAGAAAUCAGAAAAAAAUGGCUUCAAUGCAACGUCAGGCAAGUUCUGGUUCUGGUUCGGAUGUGGAUCCGCGAAAUGGUAAGGUGGACGAGAAGAAGAGGAAGAGGAUGAUAUCGAACCGAGAAUCAGCUAGGAGGUCUCGGAUGAGGAAGCAACAGCAUUUGGAUGAUCUGAUUGGCCAAAUGAGCCAGUUGCAGAAGGAGAACAAUCAUGUUUCUCAGAAGAUCGAUGCUGCCUCCCAAAUGUACGUUGGGGUUGAAUCUGAGAACAAUGUUCUCAGAGCUCGACUUGCCGAAUUAACUGAUAGGCUGAGCUCAUUGAAUUCGGUGCUGGAGAUCGCAGAGGAGGUUAGCGGGUUUGCAAUGGACAUUCCUCAACUCCCGGACAUUUUGAUGGAACCGUGGCAAUUCCCUUGUUCGAUACAGCCUAUCACAGCAUCUGCUAACAUGUUUCAGUAUUGAACACUCCCAUCAGUAGUUGGAGAAGUCAUCAUUGUGAGACUCUUCUGUUAUGGUUUUAUAUGUUUUAAGUUUGUUUCUGUAUCUGUCUGGUCUCUGUCUUUGUUUUGUUUAUGGUUAUUAUGUGUCUUGUCUAUCUGUUGAGCUUCUUAUGUGUCUGUUCUGGUGCCUUGUAAUUUCUAAGUGUGGGAGCGCUAUUUAGCUUAAAUUUGUGUUCUUUGAAGGUCAAGUAAUCUAGUCAUUUUCUAUAUAUUGGCUGUCCUCUUUUAUUUGUUA